AUGUCGGCAUCAUUGGCGCCAGAAUGCAACGAAGUCAAGGAAAAGUAUGACACUUGUUUUCUGAAAUGGUACUCUGAAAAAUAUCUCCGGGGCAUUUCAUCCAACGACGAAUGUGAACCACUCUUUCGCAAGUACAAAGCUUGCUUAACGAAAGCAUUAAAGGACAAGGGCAUCGAUACUAUGCUGGCCGAAGCUAGAGAAGGCACCGUCCACGAGACUGAUGCCGAGCACCUAAAAAGAUGA